AUGGUAACCUUAUGUAUACAACCUCGAAAAGUCUAUAAAAGUGCUUAUUAUCGAAAACAGACGAAAAAUCAGUGGGCACGAGAUGAUCCUGCGUUUGUUGUGAUUCAAGUUCUCUUUCUAGUGGUGGCUACAAUCGCUUGGGCUCUUGCAUUUCAUGUGGACCAGAUGAUCCAAUAUCUAUCGUUACUAUUCCAUGCCAUUAUUAUUGAAUGGCUUAGUUUAGGGCUCAUGAUUUCAACCUUUUGGUGGUGGAUUGCGAAUCAUCAGCUACGUCAGCGGAAAACGUACGACAAUCAUGGAAUGGGUGAUGCACUUUAUGUCGAGCAACAAGUGGAAUGGCAAUUUGCCUUUGAUAUUCAUUGCAAUUCAUUCUUGAUCUUGUUUCUUUUUCUCUAUGUGGUGCAGUUUUUCCUUGCACCAUUGCUCAUCUCUGACUCGUUCUUCAUGCUGCUAGUUGGAAACCUCUUGUACUCGUUAGGAUGGGGUUUCUACACGUACAUUACAUUCCUGGGCUAUAUGGCACUACCUUUCCUCCACCGCACAGAGCAAUUACUGCUGCCACUUGUUGUCAUUCUAGCACUCUUUGUAUCUACUUUGGUGCUGCACGCUGUAUUUGGUGCACAGAUAAAUUUUGCACACUUAUCGAUGCAGUACUAUUAUGCUCCGUAG